UUAAUAUGUAAUGUCUACCUAAUCUAUGUAAUAUGUGUGUACAUAAUAUUCGUGUAAUCGUGUACAUUAUGUAUUAUAUCUUGCAUUUUUAUUUUUUUUUUCAAAAUUUAACAGGUUAGAUAAGCAUAUAAUUUCGAAUUUUGUUUAUAAGAAAUGUCAUUAGCAGCUCUAAGCAUAGUUAAGCAAAGCAAUAAGGUUAGCUCUGCUUCUGUAAUUUUCUUACAUGGAUCAGGAUUAACUGGACGUUAUAUAUUACAUUGGAUAAAACAUCUUAUGGGAGACUUUUCCUUGCCUCACAUCAAUUUUUAUUUUCCAACAGCCCCAUUACGGCCAUAUACUCCACUACAAGGAAAAUUAAGCAAUGUGUGGUUUGAUAGAUACGAUAUUACACCAGAUGUUCCAGAACACAAGGAAACUUUUGAGUCUAUUGGUGGUGAAAUGAAAAUAUUUAUUAAUAAAGUUGUCGAGUCUGGUGUACCUCUUAACAGAAUAAUAAUAGGGGGAUUUUCUAUGGGAGGAGCUUUAGCUUUACAUACGGCUUAUCGUUUUAACCCUGGACUAGCAGGUGUUUUUACACUCUCAUCAUUCCUAAACAAUAAAUCUGCAGUUUUUAAUGAACCUAAAGCAUUAGAAACACCUCUAUACAUGUGUCAUGGCGAUAGAGAUACAUUAGUACCUAUAUCUUGGGGCCAAAAAACUUAUAAAGAACUAACGAAAAUUGGAAUAAGUGGCAAAUUUAUUCCAAUAGAGAAUACAAUGCACGAACUAAAUAAAAAUGAGAUCGAAGGUCUUCUUCAGUGGAUCCAAAAGAUAUUACCACCACUGGAGUCGGACAAAUAAUUAUUGGCUCCCAUUUUAAACCAAAAAUGAAAAUUAUUUUGUGAUAGUUCUUAUACUCGUAAAUAUAAAAUAUGAUAAUUGAA